AUGGAAGAAGACAAAACUGAUAAUAAUGAUAAUGACAAUGAUGAUAAUGAUGUAAUUAAUGAUGAACAGAACAAUAAUGAUACUCCAAAUUGUGUUCGAGGAUUCAAACAGUUUGAUAACGUUUGUCUCAAAACGUAUCAUUAUGCCACCGAUUAUGAGACAGCUGACCGAAAGUGUCGAAACCAAGGAAGCCAUUUGAUUAGAGGCACCAAAAAGACACUAGAGAAGAUGUUAAAGAAUAUGAAGAAUAAGAAAAUGAUAGAAAACACUAAGUAUUGGACAAGUAGUUAUGAUCUAGAUGAAAACAGCAUUUGGUUCCAUCGGUUUGAUCCCAAAGAUUUCGCUAUGGUAAUGUCAAUAGAUGGGAAAGAUAUUGAAGAAAGGGUCGAAAGCCGAUCAAUGAGGUACAAAUUUAUUUGUGAAAGACAUUCCAAAUCAAAACCCAAAGAAUUGGAAGUGAAAGAGAGUUUUCAGAAGGAGAAAGGAUCCAUUGAACAGGAGCACUCGCUUGAAGAAGCUGAUAUAGUAAUAGAAAUACUUUCUGAGGGAGAGAUAGUUAAUGAACUCGGAUUAAUAAAUGAUGAACCAAGCGAACUUACGGAUUCACAACAGAGUUCAGAGGCAAGCGACCUUAGUUCACAACAGAGUUCAGAGGAGAGCGAUCUUAGUUCAGAGGCAAGCGAUCUUAGUUCACAACAGAGUUCAGACGCAAGCGAUCUUAGUUCACAACAGAGUUCAGAGGAGAGCAAAAUAAACUCAGAACAGGAACAAGAAGAUUUAGAAAAAGAACCAGAAAAUCGGUUAUCAGAGGAACAGUGGGGUGAACAGACUCCGGAUGAACUUGGAGCAGCAGAAUAUUUGAAAGAUCAGCAGGUCAAAGAACAUGGUCAUGAACAACUAAUCUCAGAAGAUCAUCGAACAAAAGAACACGAAGAAAACUCGUCCCCGACAACUAUGACUGCGGCGAGCUUUCUACUUCCACUGGCUUAUAUCCUGUUAUGCAUUUUAAAUUGA